GGUCUGCUGUGGUUCGGCGUGAUCUCUGUAAGGCCGGGUGAGGUCAGCUGUAAGCAGGUUUUUGAAGAUGUCUGGGUUACAGUCACUGUUGUGUCUUUUCUGGCUGGGUUCAGUUCAGGCUGGGAAACUGUUAGUGAUUCCAGCAGAUGGCAGCCACUGGACUGGGAUGAAGCCUUUAGUGGAGGAGCUGGGAAGGAGAGGGAAUCAGGUGGUCGUCGUCAUUCCAGAGGAAAGUCUCAGUAUGGGUCCUUCAGAACAUACGACCACGCUUAGAUUUCCUGUACCCCACACUAAAGCUCAGAUACAGGAACGCAUGUCAUCACGUAUGGAGGACAUUCUUAAUAUAGACAAAUCUACUGAUCUCAGCAGGUUCAUUUAUUUUGUCUUUAGUCUGGAUUUUCUCAAGACAUUUACACUCAAAAAUGCAGAGAGCUUACUGAACAACGAGGAGUUGAUGAAGACGCUGAAGGACUGGGACUUUGACGCCGUUCUCACAGACCCUUUUGAGCCUCAGGGAGCCAUCAUUGGUGAAUUUCUCAACAUCCCGUCCAUUUACAUGCAAGUUAACCAUCCAUGUGAUGUAGAUUUCCUGGCCAGCCAGUGUCCAAGUCCAGCUUCUUAUGCUCCACAUAAAUAUACUCACUAUUCUGACCGGAUGAGCUUUUGGCAGAGGACUCUGAACAUGGUGAGAGCUUUGCUGCAGCCCCUGGCCUGUAGACAUCUGUUCAGCCAUGCAGACGAGAUUGCCUCACGAUUUCUGCAGAGAGAAACGUCCAUGAUGGAGAUCAUGAGCCGUGCAGAUCUCUGGUUGAUGCUCUCCGACUUUGUGUUUGAGUUUUCUCGACCAGUGAUGCCAAACAUGGUCAUGAUUGGAGGAUUAUCUCAUAGUAAAAUACACGCUUUGCCUCAGCUUCUCCAGCUAACAGUUAAACCCCAUAGCUAUGUCUUUCCCUGUGUGGUCUAUGGAUCUUCAGAGCUUAAUCAUCGGGAGCAAUAUCCUCCUGGUAGGGUCUCCAAGGCCGAACAGAUCUGGAGUGAAGACCCAGACUAA